GCAACCUUUUUAUUUUUUAUUUUUUGGGAAAUAUACAUACUGAACAACUUGCUUGGUCGGAAAGAGUGGAUAAGAAUAUUCUCCAUUUCAUUGCUUUCUUAUUUUAAUUUUACAAAAUCAUUUAUUAAAUGCUACGAAGAAAAGUUUACAAAUCAGCCUAACUGCUCUUGAAUAUAUAUAAAUAUAUAUUAUAUAGAUCCUGGUCUGAUAGAUCGUUGGGGGAUACUUUGACUUGAAGGGUUGGAACUUGGAAGUAUAUUCGGAACUCAGAUCAGGUUAGGCUCUUUUAACAGCCUGAGCCUAAAUUCUGCAUCUUCCAUCUGGUUAUAAAUGGAAAUCCUCAGAACUUUUUGGAACAGUCCUGUUGGUCCCAAGACAACUCAUUUCUGGGGUCCUUUCUGCAACUGGAGCAUUCCUAUAGCUGGAAUUGCAGACAUGAAAAAACCCCCAGAACUUAUAUCUACCAAGAUGACUUCAGUGCUGUGCGUUUAUUCAGCUGUGUCCAUGAGAUUUGCAUGGAUGGUGCGGCCAAGAAACCACUUUCUUCUUGUAUGUCAUAUUACCAAUGAGACUGUGCAGCUCUAUCAGCUUUCUCGUUGUCUAAGAGCUUCAGGGAGCUUAGAACAGAAGAUGAAAGAGGAAACUGAAGUAAAACAAAGUGAUUGAGAAAUUCAUUCUAUCUGUUUUUAAUGCCAUAUUAGGUAUCUUUCAUAAGGUAAGGAAACAAAGAAUCCUUGCUUAAUUUGUGAAAUUGUUGCACUGCUGAAACUUGUUUCUUAUAGCAUAUAUAUAUAUAUAUAUACACCACCUAGUUUGUUUAA